ACAAAUCAAUGUUGAAACUUUUUAAUAUAUAAAUUGGCCACCUUUGGGUGAUCUAAAUCGCAGUGUGCACAUUUUAGGCUACUGCUUGUGCUCCAAGUUUAGAUUUGAGCUCCAAAUGGCUUGGGCCCAACCUUCCUCUAGCAGAUGAGCUUCUACAGCUGCAUCUUCAUUUCAUUCACAGCCACUCACGACCAGCCCAGAUCCUGUGUGGAGACACCUGGUGGAAACAUCAGUCUAGGAGCACCCUGUGUUCACUGGGCUCUAGUAAAUCAAUAGGCUCACCCGCUGCAAGUGUUGCACAAAGACUGGGGAGGAGGUCAUUUACAUGCACACAUGGAAAUCUGUUUUGAGCUUUUCAGCUGAAAAGAACGGCCAAAUUUAAAACACUUGCUCUUCUCCAUCAGAGGAGUUGUUGGAAAAUUGCAUCAAUCAAGGAGCAGUUCAGUUCCCGUGAUAAACAUGUGCUUCAAAGAACCAAUCAAAGUCUCUUUGAGAUCAAAGAUUUUGGAUAUAUAUCUUACUGAGGCUUGUCAGAAAGGGUUUCCUUCUUUGUUAAAUCCAGUUCCACAUGAGUCACACCCCCCAGUUUCUGCGUUGCCAUUUUUCUGUAUUCAAAUUUAAGCAACGGAAACGGUCCCUUUUAAUUGAGAUGGAAUUUGAAAUAGUAAAGAAAUUCAACAUUUAAAAAAGCAAAUCCUAACUGAAAUUAUUAGUCAGCAUACAAAAGGAAGGCAGUACAUUUCUCGUUUGUCCUUGGAGAAACAGUCGGAUGCUGCCAGACUGUUCACAGAACAUUUUGAAUGCUAUCAUUUUGCAGCCACUGCACAAUUUUCCACUACUUAAUGUUUCUCUAUCACACAAAUUUUAACAUGAUAUACCAAAACGUGAGGUUAUGAUGGGACAAAAUGUUGAAAAAAAUCUAACUAUGCAUAGAAGGAUGCUGCUUCUCCAUGUAUGGUUUUAAAUCUAAGGAUCCAGAGUAGACUUGAACUAGAAAACCUAAGUGGUGUGGACGGCUGAUACAACAGCAACAAAGCUGUAAUGUAUUUUGGUGCUAAGGUGUAAACUAACAAAAGUAUUUUAAAGUCUAUUCUCUGAGCUACAGGAAGUCAAGGGAAGGACUUUCAAACCAGGGUGAUGUGUUCUAUUUUUCGAGUUUUAGUGAGAGAGUAAGCAGCUGCAUAAGUGUGACUUUUUUGGCAGACCUGUGACGACGCUGCUGCAAAAAUCAAUUUGGCUGAAGAUAAAUGUAUGAGUUUCUCAAGAUCCUGAAAACAUUCUUCAGGUGAUGGAAGGUCGAGUUUAAUAUUGUCUUUGUGUCUCUCUUAAGGUUCAGGUCUGAGUCCAUCACUACUACAUUUUCUAGCUGUAAUAGCUGAAGCUGGGCAGUGACUCUUAUGUGCAGAUAACUUCAAUUUAGUUUCUUUUCAGCUAAAAUAAAAGUAAUUGCACAUCCAUGAAAGAAGUUCUGUUCUUUAAGUAAGAUCAAGUCAAGUACUGUCCUUAAAAGUGGCUUAUUUAUCUGUGAUUUGUACCCACAACAAGUUUCAUAUUGUUUUAUGUGCAUGAGAAGUCAAUGGAGAGUUGGAGCCUGGUAUGUUAAGCAGGGACCUCCUGCUUGCAUCUAAGAAAAAGAACAUCAAGUUAUUGCUCACACCCUGUUUAGUCUGGUUUAUUUGAACACUAGUAUGUUUGCCUAAACAGUCUGGUUUGUUUGGGGAGGUGUGAAUGUGCAAUCAAACUCUGCUGCUGCAGACCAAAAAAGCAGACUCUGGUCCGGCUAAACACCUAAACCUUGUUUCAAAUGAAGCGAACUCCGGCAUGCUUUGAAGGAAUAUGUGAAUUCCAAGUGGAAUGGAGACCAGAAAGUGAAAUGCAACCAAAAACAAAUGUGCUAAUCAAGUGCAAGAGUGAGAGAUGGCUCGCGGUCUUUUGCCAAGGACAAAGGAGAAAUCCUACAGCUGCUAAAAUCUGACACCACUCCAUUUUUGUUUACAUUUGGUGAAGAAAUGAGAUAUGCUCAGUAUGUUCUUCAGAGGUUUUCGUGUAGUUUCCUUCGGUGGUUUUUGGUGGAGUGUCACCACAGGCAAGGGGUGGGAACAGAUUUUUCAAACGGUUUGGUUUGUUUGACACAAUAGAGUGUGAAAGCGAACUGCACCAGCAGAAAAUGUAACGAAUACUGCAAUUUCCAUCCACAAUCAAACAGUCUACCAGACUAUCGGGUGUGACAACAACCUUAGAGUGAAUCACAGAUUACCAUGACUUUUCUUUUCUUUUCUUUUUUUUUUUAGCUGGAGAAAUCCAGUCUUCACAAACAGUUGCGUAGUACAACUUGAGGGCAGCAAAAAAAAUAAAAAAAGGGGCUUGCCCAGGAUGCUGUUAAUGCAAGAACCGCCACUGUGAUGCAGCAUGAAUUAAAACCUAUCACAAUAAAUAACCAUAUAAGACAGAUCCACACAUUAAGGUCACAAUAUAUAAGAAAAUACAACAAAAAUGGCUUUAGAGGUUUCUUGCCCAACUUUUUUUUUUUUUUUUUUCAGAAGGUUUGACGCUAAUUCAAAUGCGUGCCCAGAAUUUAAUCGAGCUGAAAUGAGUACAGCCAGUCGGCCUACUUUCCCCGGGUUUCUCCACUGACAGGCGGGGAGCAGCAGGAAAACUGAGAGACUAGUCUCUCUCGAUGCAGCCCCGCUGCUGUGCCAAUGCGCAAACACUCUCCGCCGUUCAGGGAUAGGUCUCCCCCCAAAAUGAGGCUGCGCUCGAAACGAUCAUGCGAUUGAGUGACGAGCGCGUCAUGCUUGUCUUCCUCCUCCUCUGCUCUGUGCGAUCAGUGGCUCUGUGUUCCGCAAUCCCCCGGGAUACUGUACCGCCCUCGAUGGCUCUGCUAUCGCCGUUCCGUUCGCACUGAAUGGCCGGCCGGAUCGAGGAAAAACGGGGGGAGAGAGCGCCGCGUCUCCUCCUUUAGACCAACGCUCUGCAUCAGCUUCCCAGUGAGGGGAAAACCCUUUGGUGGUGUGCGUAGGCGCGCCAUGGCCCAGACCCUCCAGAUGGCGAUCCCAAACUUUGGCAACAACAUUUUAGAGUGUCUGAACGAGCAGCGACUGCAAGGCCUCUACUGUGAUGUCUCUGUUGUGGUCAAGGGCCAUGCCUUCAAGGCUCAUCGAGCUGUUCUGGCGGCCAGCAGCUCUUAUUUCCGGGACCUUUUCAGCAGCAGCACCAAUGCUCCGGUUGCCAACAGCAACGAGACGAGCCCCACUGUUGUUGAGCUCCCUCCAGCUGUGCAGCCCCAGUGCUUCCAGCAGAUUCUGGCUUUCUGUUACACAGGCCGCCUCAGCAUGACAGUGGGAGACCAAUUUCUUCUCAUGUAUACUGCGGGCUUUCUUCAGAUCCAGCAGAUCAUGGAAAAGGGCACCGAAUUCUUCCUCAAGGUGUCCUCCCCAAGUUGCGACUCCCAGGGUCUUCAUGCCGAGGAAGCUCCAACCUCAGAGCCGCAGAGUCCCGUAACACAGACCAGUAAUGGCGCACCACGUCCUGCCUCCAGCGUGACGCCGCUCCCUCUCGUUUCACGACUUAAGACAGAGCAGCCAUCCAACCAGACGGAAGCCGCCACUCCUUAUUCUGUGGUUUGCACUCCUGUUGCCAAGCGGCUGUGGGAGGGUGGCAGCACCCGCGACGGAAGCGGGUUGGGCUCGGGUGGCGGCAGCGGCGGGGGAGGAGGAGGAGCCAGAAAGACGGCCCGUUAUUCCCAGGAGGCGGUGCGGGGCAGUGCCAUCCAGACCUCCGUAGCCCUCGGACUGGCCAUGAGCAUGAACGCCACCACAACCGGCCUGGCAGGCAUGGCGCCCAGUGGUGGGAUCGGUGGAAAUGCCGGCACCAACGGGAAUUCUGCCGCGGGGCUUGGAAUGUCAGAGGGUGCCAGCCCCGGCACACUGAGUACCUACGCUAGUGACUCACCCAUCAGCUACCAUGACGAUGAGGAGGAAGAAGAGGGUACGGACGAAAGUGCCGAGGAGCAGUACAGGCAGAUCUGCAACAUGUAUACCAUGUACAGUAUGCUCAACAUGGGAGCAGCAGCAGCCGGGGAGCGAGUCGAGGCCCUUCCCGACCACAUAGAGACCCGAGGUCGGAUGCGGGGCCGAGACCUUACUUGUCUUCCUCCAGAACUUAUUGCACAGAUAGGAAACCGCUGCCAUCCCAAACUGUACGAGGAAGGAGACCCUGCUGAGAAACUAGAGUUAGUCUCAGGAACUUCUGUGUAUAUUUCGAGAGCCCAGCUAAUGAACUGUCAUGUGAGCGCAGGGACGAGACACAAGGUGCUGCUGAGGAGGCUGCUGGCUGCCUUCUUUGACAGGAAUACUCUGGCCAACAGCUGCGGGACAGGGAUCCGCUCGUCCACCAACGACCCGAGCCGCAAGCCCCUGGACAACAGAGUUCUCCAUGCGGUCAAAUUUUAUUGCCAGAAUUUCGCCACGAGUUUCAAAGAGAGCGAGAUGAACGCCAUCGCAGCGGACAUGUGCACCAACGCCCGCCGCGUGGUGCGAAAGAGCUGGAUCCCCAAGCUGAAGCUGCUGAUGGCCGAGAGCGACGCCUACUCCUCCUUCCUCCCCGACGGAGUCAAGACGGAGGACGAAGCCCUGGGGGCGGACCAGGCCUUCGAGCCCGCCUCCCUGGAGGCCGGCGGCGGCGCCGGCAUGGAGUCGGGCGGCUCCUCAGGUGAAUCUCUGCCAGGCGUGGGCGGGGACGGAGGACCGUUGUUCUAAAACGCUCAGCCACCCCCCCCGGAAAGGUUUAAGUCCGGUGACGCACGUACCAGUAUUCCCCCCCACAUCCCAGUUGUGCUUGCCUCCUCCUCACUCUUUGGCCCCUCCCUGAUCUCUCUUUACAUCUCUGCUGUCUGUACAACAGUGCUUGGGGGCGACAGCCGUCACUCCGUUAUAACCAGGACGUAAAAACUCACAACUUAUUUUUUUUUUGCUUUAUGACUGUAAAACAGAGUUAGUGGAGUAAAAGGAGAAUGCGUGAGGGUUUGUCCUCUGCCUCCCCUCGUCUCCUACGGUGUGUAAGUGCAGCCACGGUUGCAUUUAAGAUACAUUCCCCGAGGUGCCAGGCAGGGGGCGCUGCCUGUGCAGCCAGAGGAAGAAAGGAGAGAUGUUUUGGCAAGCUGGGAGCAGAGGUGACAAAAAGAAAAAUAUGAAUGUAAGAAGUGUCGCUGGCUUUCUUUUUUUUCGUCUAUGCAAGCCUGACAACUUGUGUUCCAGCCUUGGAAAUAGAACUAAAUUUAAUUGUAUUAAAACACAAUAACACUACUUAUUCCUCCGUACAUCUUCCUCUCAACCCACCUCACCUCAGAGUGUUUCACUGUGCCGCAUAUUGUAGAGAUAUUCUCAUCUUUUUUUGUAAACGUGCUCGCAUGUUUGUGUCUGUGAACUGAAAAUAAAAAAUUGGGGGUGGGAGGAGGGGGAGCUUUUUACUGAGACGAUUGUAAAGAGGACUGAGAGGAAACAGGUAAACAAAGAUGGUUCUAUUUUCAGAAGAAAAACUAUAUUUAUACAGGCGCCCAUGCCUAAAUCGGCAUGAGCGGCGAGAGCGAGAGGGAUUGUUUUAAAAUCUCCACGUACGUAAGCUUCUGUCGAAAGAGUUACUGUCAAAUGAGAGGAAAAGUGCUAUUUUUGCAGGAGUAUGACAAAGGAGUCUUAUGAUAGGAAUUUGUGUCAUUUAUUUUUAGCUUUAUUUUCAAAUGAAAGAGAUGGAAUGAGCAGUUGAACUGCUAAAAUUUGACACAUUUCGUCUUCUGUUCACCAGCCUGAAAGGAAAUAAUUUAGAUCUCUUUAGUUGGAUUCCACUGUCCGUUAAAACCCUUCGUUAGGUGGUGGAUCUGCAGCUUUGACAAACCGCUUGCUUCACAAUCCUGAAGAUCACUUGCAGAAACUCAAAGGUUAUAUUGAUCUCAAAAAAACAAAACAAACAAAAAAAAGAAAAAAACAACCUGUUAGCUUUGUCUUUGUACAGAAAUUACAAAAAAAAAGAGUCAGUAGUAGUUAUCAGACAAAAGAAUGUGCCUUUUAACUGAAAGCAGUAAGAAAAAAAAAAGCGAGCUAUUGCUUGAAGUAAACCGAUUUUAAUGGUACUAUCUGUGUGUGCCACGUAGUUCUUUGGUGUGGAUUAUGCAGAUGUGUGUCAGUAUCUUAUCCGUCGCACCUCUGCAAUGUAGGAACUCGGAAAGGCUUUUUUUUUUUUUUUGGAGUUUGAGAUGACUUUGCACCUUCCAUGAGAGACGGAGAGAGAAAUGUGGGUGGUUUCUGCACCUUAAUGAAAAGAACCAGUGGUUCGUGUGUCUUUUUUGAGAAACGUGUAGCAAUCAAACCCCCUGUAGGUGGAGUAUGUCUUUUGAUUUAUCCCUCCCUUUGCCUGCCUGUGUUUCUUGUAGAUGACCAAGGAGACUGUUGAGUUAAAUCCCAAGUGUUCUUCCUGUUUUGUUUUUUCUUGCACCUGAUUUGUCUGAUUAGAAAAAAAUGUCGACAACCAAUGUUCUUUUUUUUUACUUUUAUUUUUUGUUCCCCCCCCCCUCCCCCAAAUCUGAAAGUUUGUUUGACUGAAGCCUUUUUGAAUGCAUGUCAGUACAGGGGCCUCACUUUUCCUGUUGCAGGUGAACUGACUUAGAAUGUGCCGUUGACCUUUUUAUAUUACUUUGCAGGUGAUUACGGGGGGAAUCCGUGUUUCUUUUCAAAAUGCAGUUGAAUCUGAAGUGCUUUUUUGUCUUGCAGAUUACAUUGCUGGGAGCGUCACAGAUGCAUAAUAACUCAACCUCUUUUUGUCAUUGUUCUCAAAAUGUAAGACUUGACUUAGCUCAACUGGGGUCAGUGUAGAGAAUUUUCUUUUUUUUUUUUUUUUUUUUUUAAAUGCAGUAUUGUAUAAGGGUGACAACUUCAAAAACCUCACUUUUUUUGCUUUCGACUGUAAGUGCCAUGUGGGCACGCCUUCCCCCUCCCUUACCCUGUGUACCUCUCCACCAUCGUUGAAGACCGUUGUGAGCUUCCUGUCCUUCACGCUUCAAGCUGGUGUCUCGUUUCGCUUCCACCGGCCUAAUCAUGCGUUUCUGAGAGGCAAAGAAGAGGUUCAAGCCGUGCGGCCAGAAUUAGAAGUCGUUUGUUUAUUUUCGUCAAGUGCAGCACAAAGAAGCCUUUGCAGCGAGCUUGUUGCAGACAGGUUCACGCCGCAUAGUGACCCACUGAGCCAUUUGUGAUCUUUUCUGAUUCGUAGUAGAUUGACUAAUCGCCGGUGAGUCACCCGUGUUGGUACGACACUCCGGCCCAACCCAAGUACACAAAAAUCUCCACAUCCUAUCAGGUCUCUAGAUUAGAUGACUGAUAAACGCCGGUUUAGGCUCAAGUGUAAAGAAGUAUGAUGUGUCAGCUUUCAAAGGUCCCUUGCUCACAAUGUUUUAUCUCAUUUACUGAGAACUGAAAGCUUUUUUCUUUUCUUCCUUUCUUUGUUUUUGCUUGUUGAACAUUAAGAGCAAGCUGUAAUUGGCGUAGUUUUUAUUUCUCACGUCCCUGAACAUGUAGAUCUACACACUUGAAUGAAUAAGGUGUGGCACAGCAUGAGGAGUCUUUUUGUCUCUAAGCAGUACAUAUAUAAAUACGAUUCUAUACAUGUAUAGAUACAUACUGUAUAUUAUAUAUAGACACACACAUAAGGAUCAGAUUGUUUGUUGUGCACUCGCAGCAUGAGGUAUAUAUUUACCCAGAAACUAGGCGCAUCCUCGCCGCCCCUGCUCUCUGCCCUCUGUAACCCUGUAGCACCAGUGGACCUCCUGUACUUCUCAUCCUCCUUCUUUCUGUGUUCAAAGUGCCAAUAACUUUGUGAAAGCCCUGUAACUGUGACCCAACGUUAUCAAAGAUAAUUGCACAUUAACAACUGUAAAAUAAAUGCAAAUUAUAGAAAUGGAACUCAAAAAGAAACUUGUCAUGAAUUAAAAAAAACAAACAAACAUCCUAAUAAAAGAUUUGUAACGA